AUGCCUGAUAGAACAUUUCAUGAAUCAGUAGUAGCAGCAGUAAACAUGUUAGUUAGUAAAACAAGAUCUAGAAGAAGUUUAAGACUAUUUACUUAUAGUAAACUAUCAAAGGCUUUAAAAUCAACAGUGAUUCAUAAUUUUGAAGAAUUAAAGAAUAUGAAAUAUGUGGGUGAUAAAAUAUUUAGUGAGAUAAAAUAUACAAUGGAAAAAGGAAAAGGAAAAAUUGUAGAAGAAAAAAUUGUUAUUGACAAAUCAAAUAACACAACUAAAUUGGAUGAAGAAUUAGCAGAAAUCAAAUAUGAAUUAAAUCAUUUAUCAAGUAAUUUAAGUGAUUUAGAAAUAAAAUACGGAAUAAAGAAACCAAAAAAUUUACCAGAAAAUAAAGAUUUAAUAGUUGAUGAAAAACAAUCUGAUGAUAUUAUAAUAGAAACAGACAGUGUUUUAGUAGAAAAUAACAAUUCAUUAGAUAAUAUUGUUAAAGAAAGGCAUGAUAUAAUAGAAGAGAUGGAUUUUAUUAUUUCAGUCGAUAGGGUAGAAACAAAUGGUAUUCUUGAUUUUUUUGACUCAACUGAUUUUAAAAAUGAUUUAAAUGAAAUUAAUAAGAUAACAAUUGAAGAGAAUAACAGAAUGUCACAAAAUACGUUUAUAGAUAAAAGCACGGUUCUUAAAAACGAAUAUAAAUUAGAUAUUAAAAAUGAGAAAACAAAGAUAACUCGAAAGAGAAGUUAUGUGCCUCAAUUAAAUACAGUACCUUAUUGUAUUUUAAAAGGAUUAUACUUUUACAGUAAUAAUGAAGGGAUUCAUAAGUAUAUUUUAUAUUCAAAAGUUUCAAAGUGGCUUGGAAUGGAUGUUGGCAAAAAUGAUAAGGUUUUGAUAAAAAGAAAUUUAAUAACACUCGUUGAAAAUAAAUAUUAUCUGACGACUGAAGGAACAGAGUUAUGUGAAAAAUUAUUUCGAGGUGUUAAAAAGGAAAUUGAAACUAAUAACAAUGAACUAACACUGGUAAUCGAUUCAAGAGAAAAGAAAAAUAAUAGAAACAGAAUUUACUUUCAGCAUUAUUUUAUGAAUACAGCAAAUAUUAAAAAUGUGGAAACCAGGAUGUUAGAGGUUGGUGAUUUUGUGUGGAUUAAAAAUGAGAGGGUAUUAAAUUUUAUAAUAGAAAGAAAAGCAAAUGAAGAUUUUAGACUAUCUGUUACUGAUGGGAGAUAUUUAGAUCAAUUAAAAAGACUAAAAGUUUUUGACUUUCAAAUAUUUUAUUUGAUAGAAAAUCUGACUAAAAGAAAUGAUAAUUUAAAUAAGCUUGUUAAAAAGUCACUUACCGGUCUUAAAAUACAAAAGAAUGUAACUGUAAUCGAAACUAAAAAUACCAUUGAAACAGCUCAGUUCAUUUCAAAGCUUAACACGUAUAUUAAAGAGAAUGAAGAAGAGACUGAGGAACUAUGUGGAUAUGGUUCAUUUUUAGAAGAAGGUGAUAAAAAUAGAACAUUAACUGUUAAUUCUAUUUUUAUAGAAGCUUUAUCAUCAAUAAAAAGGUGUACAAGAGAAAAAGCAAAGUUAAUUGUUGAGAAGUAUCACAGUGUUUUUGAAUUAAUACAAACUAUACAACUAAAAGGUGAAGAGUUUAUUAAAAAAGAAAUUAUAAUGCUUUUAAUAACACAUAAACUUGAUUAUGGUGCGAGACAAAUUGCUAGUGAUAUUGUGAGAUAUUUUACUUAA